GUGACCGCUUUGCGAAGCUCGGGGCGCCCGGAACGCGGAGGGCGCGGGGUCGGCAAGCGCCAGCGGCCCCCCGGUGGCCCCGGGGCCAUGAGGAAGGACGAGCGCGAGCGGGACGCGCCAGCCAUGAGGUCCCCGCCGCAGCCGCCGGCCGCGGCCGCCUCGCCCCCCGAGAGCCUGCGCAACGGCUACGUGAAGAGCUGCGUGAGCCCGCUGCGGCAGGACCCUCCGCGCAGCUUCUUCUUCCACCUCUGCCGCUUCUGCAACGUGGAGCCGCCGGCGGCCUCGCUCCGCGCCGGGGCACGCCUCUCGCUCGGCGUCCUGGCUGCCUUUGUCCUGGCCGCGCUGCUGGGCGCGGGGCCCGAGCGCUGGGCGGCCGCGGCGGCCGGGCUCCGGACGCUGCUGAGCGCUUGCUCGCUCAGCCUCAGCCCGCUCUUCAGCAUCGCCUGUGCCUUCUUCUUCCUCACCUGCUUCCUGACGCGCGCGCAGCGCGGCCCGGGCCGCGGCGCCGGCUCCUGGUGGCUGCUGGCGCUGCCCGCCUGCUGCUACCUGGGCGACUUCGCGGCGUGGCAGUGGUGGUCGUGGCUGCGCGGGGAGCCGGCGGCGGCGGCGGGCCGGCUCUGCCUGGUGCUGGGCUGCGUGGGGCUGCUGACGCUCGCGCCCCGCGUGAAGCUGCGGCACGGCGUCCUGGUGCUGCUCUUCGCCGGCCUGGUGUGGUGGGUGUCCUUCUCCGGCCUCGGGGCUCUGCCGCCCGCGCUCAGGCCUCUGCUGUCGUGCCUGGUCGGGGGCGUGGGAUGCCUGCUAGCCCUGGGCUUGGACCACUUCUUUCACGUCCGGGGAGCCUCUCCUUCCCCGCGCUCGGCGAGUGCCGCGGAUGAAAAAGUGCCUGUGAUCAGACCCCGGAGGAGGUCCAGCUGCGUGUCGCUGGGAGAAAGCGCGGCCGGUUACUAUGGCAGUGGCAAGAUGUUCAGGAGACCGUCGCUGCCUUGUAUUUCCCGGGAGCAGAUGAUUCUCUGGGACUGGGACUUGAAGCAGUGGUGUAAACCUCAUUACCAGAAUUCUGGAGGUGGAAAUGGAGUUGAUCUUUCAGUGCUAAAUGAAGCUCGCAAUAUGGUGUCAGACCUUCUGAUUGAUCCAAGCCUUCCCCCACAAGUCAUUUCUUCUCUGCGGAGUAUCAGCAGCUUGAUGGGUGCUUUCUCAGGUUCCUGUAGGCCAAAGAUGAAUUCGUUUACACCAUUUCCUGGAUUUUAUCCCUGCUCUGAAGUAGAAGAUCCAGUAGAGAAAGGAGAUCGAAAACUUCACAAGGGAUUGAGUAGCAGACCUGGUUUCCCAGCCCCACAGCUGAGGAGGAGCUCAGGAGCAUCCUCGCUGCUGUCUAACGAGCACUGUUCAAGGUGGGACCGUAGCGGAGGCAAGAGGUCUCACCAGGAGCUCAGCGUUUCCAGUUAUGGAUGCCACCUAAAUGGGCCUUUUAGUUCAAAUCUUUUGACAUUUCCAAAGCAGAGGUCGUCGUCUGUGUCACUGACACACCAUGCAGGUCUGAGAAGAGCUGGUGCUUUGACCAGCCUCAGUCUUCUGAAUUCUUCAAGCCAUGUACCAGUGUCUGCUGGGUCUCUAACUAAUCGAUCACCCAUAGGAUUUCCUGAUACUACUGAUUUUCUUACUAAGCCAAAUAUUAUUUUACAUAGAUCACUGGGCAGUAUAUCAAAUGCCACAGAUUUCCAUCAGUACCUUAGGAACUCUGACAGCAAUCUGUGUAGCAGCUGUGGACACCAAAUACUCAAAUAUGUUUCAACAAAUGAACCUGAUGGUACAGACCACCACAGUGAAAAACCAGGUGAAGAAGACAGCAGUGUUUUCUCAAAAGAACGAUUGAACAUUGUGGAAACUCAAGAAGAAGAGACAGUGAAGAAAGACUGCAGGGAAUUAUUUUUGGAAGGUGAUAAUCACCUAAUGGAAGAGGCACAACAACCAAAUAUUGACCAGGAAGUGUCACUGGACCCGAUGUUAGUAGAAGAUUAUGAUUCAUUAAUAGAAAAGAUGAGCAACUGGAAUUUUCAGAUUUUUGAUCUUGUAGAAAAGAUGGGAGAAAAGUCAGGAAGAAUUCUCAGUCAGGUUAUGUAUACUUUAUUUCAAGAUACUGGUUUAUUGGAAACAUUUAAAAUUCCCACUCAAGAAUUUAUGAAUUAUUUUCGUGCAUUAGAAAAUGGCUACCGAGACAUUCCCUAUCAUAAUCGUGUGCAUGCUACAGAUGUCCUACAUGCUGUUUGGUAUUUGACCACACGGCCAAUUCCUGGCCUACAGCAGAUCCAUAAUAUCCCUGAAACAGAAGCCAAAGCAGAUUCAGAUGGUAGACUUAGUUCUGGACAGAUUGCUUACAUUUCUUCGAAGAGUUGCUGUAUUCCAGAUAUGAGUUAUGGCUGCCUAUCUUCAAACAUCCCUGCAUUAGAAUUGAUGGCUUUAUAUGUGGCAGCUGCCAUGCACGAUUAUGAUCACCCAGGAAGAACAAAUGCGUUUCUAGUGGCUACAAAUGCACCUCAGGCAGUUUUAUACAACGACAGAUCUGUUCUAGAAAAUCAUCAUGCUGCAUCAGCUUGGAAUCUGUAUCUUUCUCGCCCAGAAUACAACUUCCUCCUUAACCUUGAUCACAUGGAAUUCAAGCGUUUUCGUUUUUUAGUCAUAGAAGCAAUCCUUGCUACAGAUCUCAAAAAACAUUUUGAUUUCCUUGCUGAAUUCAAUGCCAAGGCCAAUGAUGUAAACAGUAACGGUAUAGAAUGGAGCAGUGAAAACGACCGCCUCUUAGUCUGCCAGGUGUGCAUCAAAUUAGCAGAUAUCAAUGGCCCGGCCAAAGAUCGGGAUCUACAUUUGAGAUGGACAGAAGGCAUUGUGAAUGAAUUUUAUGAGCAGGGAGAUGAAGAAGCAACCCUGGGUCUACCCAUUAGUCCCUUCAUGGAUCGUUCUUCUCCUCAACUAGCAAAACUCCAAGAAUCUUUUAUCACCCACAUUGUGGGCCCCCUGUGCAACUCUUAUGAUGCUGCUGGCUUGCUGCCUGGUCAGUGGAUAGAAGCAGAAGAGGGUGAUGAUACAGAAAGUGAUGAUGAUGAUGAUGGUGAAGAUUUAGAUUCAGAUGAUGAAGAAACAGAAGACAAUCUAAAUCCUAAACCACAAAGAAGGAAAGGCAGGCGGCGAAUAUUUUGCCAACUAAUGCACCACCUUACUGAAAACCACAAGAUAUGGAAGGAAAUCAUAGAAGAAGAAGAAAAAUGUAAAACUGAGGGGAACAAACUGCAGGUGGAUAAUGCCUCCUUACCUCAGGCAGAUGAGAUUCAGGUUAUUGAAGAAGCAGAUGAGGAGGAAGAACAAAUGUUUGAAGAAAACUCAUGCUGAAGAAGCCUGGGGUGCUAUUCCCAGGGUCAUUACCUAACGCUCACUGUACUGAUUCUCAACUGACCAUUCCCAUGUGGACACGCCUUAAUACUGUGAGAGUAUCCUUCCUGGCUACCUUGGCAGUUCUCACUCCUAAGCACUUUCAUUACAAACUAGAGACUGAUUCUUAGAGCUUGCUGCAGUUGACUCGUGCUGCAGAGCCUUCCUCAAAGCCUUCACUGGUGUGUAAAUAGUGUGUCAUAAUGCUGCUUUGCUGGGUAGUGAGCUCUUAUUCCUCAUGAUGAGGGAGGGAGGGCUAAAACUGAAAUGUUAAGUGACUUCGGUUUUCUAAGUGGCCAUAAUUCUUUUAUAAAAACAGGAUUCAUCUUGUAUUUCCAAAUAUAUCUUUUAUGUCUGUUUGAAGGUGUGAUGGGGCAAAAAACAAACCUAUGUGCUUAAUACAAAAUGGAAUUCAUUGUGGCCUUUCUAAGUGAUUUCUGCUCGUGGCAGUACACUGUUCAAUCUGGUUCUCCUAGCUUCAUCCAUGAAGGACUGAGGACCUUUGUUAUACUUUAACAAAGCCAGAUGCAUCAAUUUCUGAUGCUUUUUAUUGUUGUGUAUAAUCUUCUUAUGUGUUUUAUUUCUGCCUAAAGUAUUCAGGUUAGCUGUGGACAUCAUUGAUUUUGUUCCAUGGUUGAAUUUUACAAGUGUUUAACAAUGAAGGAACUUUAUUCUUUAUUCAAAUCUGUUCUUAUUUUCAUUCUUGCUCAGGAUAAGAAAUUUUAAAGAUUAUAAACAUGGCAUAGAUUUGCCAGAAAAACAUUGUCAUAAUACUGAUGUUACCUUUUAUGAAAUGAGUACCAUUUUAUUUUAAUUAAAGCCACAAAAAAGGAUAUGGCUGUCUUUUGCCUUAAUGGAAAAUCAGAUGAAAUCAAUCAUUGAAAAUAUUGCCUAACAAGUUUUCUUUAGAUAUGUCUUAGGUGUCUUGUAUUCUUGUGUCUGAUAAUAGUAAAACUGACAUUUCUUUUGUUAAUAUCUUUUUGCUUCAAGAGUACAUGGCAAAGAUGACACAUCACUAUGUAGUAAUACUACAGCCCCUCAGAAAGACUGAAUUUUGAAGUAAAAUACAAAAUAAGAAUGCAUAUUAAUUUUUACAUAAAAAUGCUAUGAAUAGUUCAAUAAAUAAUUCCACAAAAUGCAUAUAAAUAAUUCACUAAGAAAACAGGCCACAUUUAUAAUAUUUAUAUAAUCUCAUUAGAGUACGGCUAUGUGCCCUAGUUGUGAAAAAUUAUUAUUAUAGCUAUGUAAGUUAUACAAAGCAACCAAAGUGAUACCAAGAUGGUAAACUGGUUUCUCCUUAUCCUUUAAGACUAUACAAUAUUUUGGAGCCAUUGAACUUUGUGCACAGUUAACUGACAGUUUCUACAGUACUUCCUAUAUAGUGUGAUGCUGGAAUUUCUUACCUAAAAUAUUUGGAUUGUCUACAAGGCCGCAGUUAAAGAUUUAUUGGAGUACCCGUAUUUUUGAUCCUGCAGGUACCAUAUUUAAUGAAUCACUACACUUUAUUUAUUAAACAUGUUGAGGGCUGAGUUCCUUCCUGUCACUUUUGCUACCACAACCACAUCAUUUGUAAACUGAUAUUUACAGUCCCACCAUAUAUUACUAAGUAAUAAAAUUUUAACUGAUAAUCUACUGAAUUUGCAUUUAUAUAAUCUAGUGUGUAUAUUUCUCUAAAAUGUGUUUUACAUCCUAUGCAAAUAUAUUUAUUCUA